UGCCUGUGCAAAAAAAGUGAUCAUCAGACAAAGAGCAGAUGUGAAGUUCAGGUGCAGCGCCCCAUAACAUGGCCCAGCAACUGAAGGGCUAACAACUCAUGGUGAACCAGUGACCUCCAGUGACACCUUGCCAGAGUUACCAUUGCACAAAGUCAGAAAAAAGAACAGACAAUUUCCUCAGUUUGGUGAACGAGCACAACACGUAAUGGCGGCACAGACACAGACCGCCGCAGCCACAGACAGUCCUUCGAGGCGUGGUGUCCCCAAAACUGUUAAAACCGUUGUGCCUGCCCUAGAAGAAUGUUCUUACACACAGUUCUAUUGUGAGGAGAACGCGUGGCGGCUGUGUGAGUAUGUACGGACCCAUGAAGCCCAGGAGCUGAGCAAGUGUUUUGUGGUGUUCAUCAGCAAUGAGUCCCGGUGCGUGCCACUGUGGAGACAACGAAUGGGCAAAUCUGAGGACAAGCUAAUUACCUGGGAUUAUUCUAACAUCUUCACAUGUGUUGCGCCGAGUGAAAAGGACUACCACGUGAUAUUUAUGUACGAACCAGAUGAGCGGUGCUUGGUGUUUGAUCUAGAUUCUGACCUGCCAUUCCCGACCUAUUUCCACAAGUAUGUCACAGAGACACUCCGCACAGACCACAUCCUACGUCCGGAACACUACAGAUACUUUAGAGUAGUGCCAGCAGCCAUGUUUCUACAGAAGUUUGCCAGUGACAGGCGACACAUGAGGCGUGAGGAUGGGACGUGGAUGCACCCGCCGCCACCCUCUCCUCCAAUUGCGCUGCCAGAAUGUGUGCACAACCUUGAUGACUUCAUCAGCAUGGACCCCAAGCGAGGUGUUGGGACUGUAUACAACCUCCAAGAUUUUGUUCGCAGAUUUUACAAGAACAUGUAGAAUCACCACGUAACAUCUACUACCCUCUUCAUAAAGAUUUUCAUACUUUUUGCACUUCUAUCUGAUCAGAUAUAUCAUGCACAUCACAUCAUUAUUCAUGGAAAAAGUUUCAGUUGGUAUGAUUUUUAUGUACUGGAAUAAUAGGUAACUCUUAGGUUUACAUGCAUGUGGUAACAGAGUUCACCAACCAAAAUGACCAUAAAGACAAGGACAAGAGUGUAUACUGAUCUUAAAUGGCUUUUUUUCACACUAAUGAACAAUUCUAAAAGGUAUGCUUGAAAAGUGGUUUGCAUCAUACUUGCUUGAGAGUGAUUUAAACAGUAAACUAAACUUGUUUGAAUGUAUUAACUUUGUGUUGGAAAAUGUAAUGCACUGUGCAGCACACACGUGUUAUUCAGAAGUGAGCCAGGCACAGGGUGGGCAGUUACUGUUUCUCAGGAAAGGUUUCUCUCAAUUUGCUUUAAUGUUUGCAUAAUCCCCUUUUCUGGCAUACUCCUUGUGGUUUUGUUUCAUACGUGCAGUUAUAUAAUUUCAUAAAUCUGGAAUUUUGUAAAGACUUUCUCCCAUUAUAAUUUGUCUGUGUAGGAAAUUUAUGAUUUUUAUCUAUUGAUUUUUUUAAUUAAUCACAGCUCUCUGAAACCCUCAGAGAUAUUACACUUAUGAAAAGCUUAGCCAUUGAUACUAAACAUGGAAUAGGUUAAUCAGCUUAUUACUUGGGUGUCUUUAAUAAUUCAAUGAAGUUUAAGAAUUAUAUCUAAUAUUAGCAAAUUUGAGAUAAAAUCAUUUAAUCAUAACAUGCCUCACAAGCAGUCUCUACAUGGUGCUGUUGGUAAGAUUUUUUUUUUAUCACUAUUAGUCAUGUUUGUUAAUUCAGUGAAAAACUAAAAUAAUUUUGUAUUAGUCUUUGUCUGUUAGUGGCUACUAGCUAAUGCUGGAGUGGCUUUCCUUCAGCACACUGCAGGACAUGUCCAGCAAUACAUUACUCCUGUUGUUGAUUAUUAAAUUCUUCUAAUAACUGAGCUUUGUGAAGGGCAAGUUCUGUAAUUAUUCAAUUACAAAACAUGAAUUCAUCUAAUAUACCUUCCAGUUUCAAAUGUAAAACAGUCAUAUGAAGUGAGCUUCAGAUGUGCCAAGCUGCAAAGUGUAUUUGGAGCUAAAGCAUAACUCUGCACAUUCAUUGUAUUCAGUCUGUUGAAAACAUUUAUUAAUACAUACUGUCAGUAUAUGCAUAAUUUUUGAAAAAAUAUAUAUAUUCCAUGCAUGUACUAAGCAUUUUAGAUUUAAUGCUGCCUAUUUUACUGGGCACUGAGACUACUCUGAGAUAUAUUUUCUAUCCGUACCAUGACCCAAUCCUUGCUAAUGUCACAUUCUUGACUGAGUGACUAGUUAGUUAACUGAGUAGUGGCAAAUUUUCAUUGGGGGUAUUUUGGAAACUAUCUUUCCACACAAGAGUUUUCACACAUUAUAUGUGAUUAAAGUUCUGUUGUUUGUUUCAAGAAGCUAUAUCAGUAAAGUAUUUUGAUUUUAAAGAUUAAAGCUAAAGAUGUUUUUUUUUUUUUUUUUUUUUUUUUUUUCAACUUGCUAAUCUGAGUAGCUGAAAAGUUAAGGUGAUAGAGGAAAGGGAUUCAUGAGUAAAGCUGAGUUUUGAACUUUGGGUCAGUAAUAGGUGGAAUUCAUAGUUUAUUUUUUUAAUCUUUUAGCACUAAUUGUCAACAUUUUUUAUGGCAGAUCAAGAAACUAAAGGCAGGGCAAUUAAAAGUGUGGUAUGAAAAUAAUCUCACGUCUCCUUAAAUCCAUCCAUUCUUGUCAGAUUACAUUUUGUAAAUUGCCUAUAUCUUUUUGCUCUAUCAAAGAGCAUGCUAUUUAACUUUGAAGAGUACAUGGGAUGUUCCUAUAUCCAUAUUUGAUAUGAAAAAUUAAUCAUCCCCUUUUGUUUGAUAUUCUCAGUGAUUGUUGUUUUAUAUCUUGACUUAUUCAUUUAGGUUAUACAAGAUAAAAGUUGUGAUUGUUACAUUCCAUCUUAUAUAAUUGCUAAAUCCUGAAGUCGUCUACUUGUAUAAAAUUAUUCUUCAAUUUUAUUUUCAACUCAUGAAACUGUCCCCUAAAACAGCUGCCUAGUACUCUGCAAUUUUAAUGGCAUGCUUCAUUUGCUAUAUAGAAUAUUGAAUUUUUUUUUAUUCAGUCUUGUUGAAUAUUAUAAUGUAUUGCAGUUUAUAAAAUGAUGCCUGGAUGGUUUGGGGACCACAAAAUUAUCACUGGAAUUGAAAAACCUAUAUGGGAAAAUCUUCCAUUAGUCAUCAGUUUUAGCAUAGUUAGGAAAACAGAUUUUUCUAGGAAGUGACAGAUAGAUUUUACAUUUUUUACCCACUGUUGGUAGUCUACUAAACACCAGGCUUUCAAAUUUCAGGUCAUUUUAAUAUCGUUAAUGUAAAUAUAGCUCUUUUUGGUGUACAUGUGUGUUCAGUGCAGUCACUUGUAUAUGUAGAUAUAUACAUAUCUACAAACCAGAGUUGUCUUCUACUUCAUGUAGUAUUUCAUGAAAUGUCUUAACACUGCAUCAAGCUAUAUUUACCAUUUUGAGUAUAUAUAUUAUCUAUUUUCAUAAAAUCUCAUGUUCAUUGCUGCGUUGUAACUGUAAUUAUGUCACCAUAUUAUUUAAAUGUUAAAUAUCCUAUAGCUUGUAGAACAAACUUUCCCUGUUCAUUUUAUUUAUUUGGAUGCAGUAUACAUUAUACUCCUCCCAUGACACUGGUUAUCUGUUGACAUACCUUUGAUAUGUACAUGAAGACCAUGCUGUUCCUAGCUACUCAUGAUACAUAUAUGUAUUUGCUAUGUUCUACAGCUUCAAUCUAUUAGUUUGAUUAGUACGGUGAAAUAUUUCUGGUGCAUCUGUUGCAUAUGUGAUUGAUUGUUUGUAAAGUGAGAAAUUUAUUUUCUAAGCUGUACUCUUAACAUUUUAACUUCUUUGGUAUUAUAAUUCACCUGUGAUCAAAGUGCACUUUUACAUCAAACUAACAAGAGAGGAAAUCCUUGUAUUAGGUCUGUGGCGGUGAUGAUGGUGGAGGCAAGCAGCUGUGUCCGGACGUGCCCACACCAGAAACACAGCCUGUGCACGUCAACACCUGAGGGCCAUCAAAUGUAGUGUGUCUGUGAGGAGGAAGCUUUGCUAUAAGGCCAACAUUUUGUAGAUUUCCUACAAAUUUAAUAAGUAUUAAGAAAACAUAAUAUUAUAGGUAAUGUAUUGAAGUUGGCAGUUUGUAUUUAGAGGCUGAGAGUUACAACAGUUUUCUUACACUAUUAUGAAGACAAUCUUACGAUGAAUUAUAGUUUGUUGGUGUGUAGGUCAGUGAUCAUUUCUGUGUUGGAAUGGUUUCAUCUGGGUCGCUGUCCAAGGUAUGGGAAAUUGAGUUUCAUGUCUAUAGCAGCUGACCUGGUACUGAAAACAAAACAAACAAAAAAAAAAUAUAUAUAUAUAUAUAUAUAUAUAUAUAUAUAUAUAUAUAUAUAUAUAUAUAUAUAUAUAUAUAUAUAUAUAUAUAUAUAAAUUUAUUUUGAUCAUCGAUUGACAAGUGCCAUGUUGUGUUAGAAUUUAAUAAGUGUGCUCUAAGAUGUGACACUGUUGAAGUAGAAGAAGCUUUUUAUGAAGCAGAAUGAAUCACAUGUUUUCCAGUAUUGGAGUUGCAGCCAUUUUUUUCAUCAUGUGCAUCCUUAGAUUCUAGAAUGUGGCAAGUCAGAAGGAUAGAAUGAUAACCACCAGUCAGUUCUGUUCAGUAACUCAAAUGUAGGAAAAUGUGUUCAAAUUAAUCUCCAGUAAAAUAAAGAGUGAAGUGUACAUGGAAACAGACCCAGCCUGCCUGAGUGUUGUCAUGCUGUUUCAAAGUAUGGAAACUGUCACAGGAAAUGUUGUCAAUAAAUUAUAUUGAUAAUCUUUAAAAAAAAAUGCUAAGAGAAAAUAAGUACAUAAAUUAUACAUUUGAUGUAAAGAAAUUCAAAAAUUAUAAUACAACAAGUAUAUAUAUUUUUAAAGAGUGUACUGCAGAGCCAUAGAUAGAAAGAGUUUGGCCAACUCUGCAAUGUUGCAACCCAGCGUGUUGCCAGCCACCGUCAUCUGCUCCCAGCCGUACGGCUCUGCUGCCUCACCCAUCAAAUCGUUUCUUACAAACUAUUCUCUUAACGCCAUAUACAUAUGUAUGAAGAUGUUAUAUUGUUAACGUACAGAUGGACAAUUAUUGGUAUGAAUUAUGUAACUAAUAGGUAAGCACAUACACUUAUCCAUAUUUAUUGACUGCAGCCCUCAUUGUCAUACUUUUGCUGCCUAAAUCACUCCUUCCCUUUGUCUGUUUCACCUGACUUCUAAUAACAGCUUCAUGUUUGCGAGCAUAAAUAUGCAUUCGUAAAGUGAAAUAAUGUUUUAGUAGUUUAUUCUUAAUAUUAUGACAAGUUGGAAGUUGUGUUUUGCUUGUCAUCCUCUCUGUCACAUCCACGAGACUGUUAACUAAUUGUUUUUUGCUCCCAAAGCUGUCUCCUUUAUCCCUGAAGAUUUUUUGUGCAGCCAUAAUGAUUUUCAUGCAGUCAUCAGUGCAAUAUGUGAAGCCGCUGCUACAGAAAACUAACGCACCUCAGUUAUCGACAAACACACUAAUUCAGUAGUACAGACAACAUACACACACCACACCGACAACAUGGAAUCGCACACAAAGAAACUGUUAUAAGGGCUGCGUUUAAGAAAAUGAUGAACUUACCGAACAUAUAUGUAUGCAUUAUUGUGAGCUUGCCAGUUCAGUCGCUUCACUUUUACUUCCCACGUACUGUCGUUGUCUAUGUGGAUCUGUGCAUCAUCCUGCCCAUUCCAGGCCAGACAGCAUACCCUAUGUCUACACAGCAAACCAUACUGCACACACAAUCACAUACACCGACUCUACGGCUCUGCACUGACUUUGUCUGUAUUCAAGCUGAGAGCAGUUUGAACUUUGCGGGCUGGGCGUGGGUAGCAACAUGGCUGGUAGUGGUCAUGUGACCUGGCUGGGCCAAUCACGCAUGAGCUGUCAUUUCCCGCAUUGGCCAAACCCACUCUAUCUACGGCUCUGGUGUACUGUAGUUAGAACAAAAGAUAUAUGAAGAUAAUAUUCACUAGAAUAAAGAAGUAUGAAAUAUGAAAGAGGAAAGAACUGGAUUAUUACAAACAAAUUAAUUACUGCUUAUUAGAUGGUUUUGGUAUUGCUGUUCUUGCUAUUAAAUGAAUGCAUACUGUAAAAAUAUUCAGUUCUAACUUAUGUAUUUUGCCCUAUUUUAUCAAAGAAUAUUCAGUAGAUGCACUCUAAUUACAACUGUGUUUAAGAGCAGAGUGUAAUUCAGUAUAUGUACUGUAGGACAGAAAAUUAAUUUUUGAAAACCUAAAUUUUAAAUACUUUAUUCUCAUCAUAAAUGUUUGAAAAAUUAAACUUCAGGGUUGGAGCAGCUCUUAUCCUGUGCAUGAAGCACUUGAUUUCAUCAUCUCUUUGAGGCUUCAACUGAUGAAUGGUUUUGUUGUUAUGGUGGCUUUUCCAUUUGCGCAAACCAGCAGCAACCUGGGCAUGGCAGCAACUCUUUGGUCCUCACUCGUUAGUGACACAAAAUAUCUCACUAAAAUUUGCAUUGAAACUUAGCAUACCGGAACAGAAGGCAUAACGUAUACCAGCUGUUCCCGAGGACUUGGCUGUCUUGCCGGUACUUUCAGUUUAUGAACGUAUAUAAACGUAUAUAAGUGGUUACUAGGGUGUGUAGCUUUUUGUUUCAUGUUCAAAAGAAAUCAUACAGAGCUUCUACCUACAACUGUUAUGUCAAGUGUUGUAAGCAUUUUCAGAAUUGAGAUAUACUGCAGAUACUGAAGUAUAUAUACUGUAAUAGGCCAUUAUACACUAUGUUUAUCUUGCAAUUCUAGUAAUGUUUUUAGCAAUUGCAUAAGAAGAGCUUUUUGUGCUCAGCUGUACAUAUCUGUUGAUUGCCUUCUUGCAAGUUGAUCAUCAUUAAAUUGUUUCUAUACUACUCCUACCUAUAAUACCGAGAUAAAUAUUCAAUAUCUGCAUAACAUUUAUUUUUACUCUACUAAUUGGACUAACUAAAUGAAAGGGUUACAGUUUGUUACAGUCACAAAUGCCAUGAUAAUCAUCACAGACAAAGCAUAACAGUUCAUUGUAGAAAAAUGCACCAUUGUUAAUCAGCUACUAAGCAUUUUACAUCAUGCAACAUUGUGCAAAUUGUAACCUACAGUAAGUACUGCAAUUUGUUGACACUUAUUACAAAUACAUUCAUGGAAUCUUAAGGAAGAAUUAUACCUGCAGAAAAUCUUUCAUUGUCUUAUUGCUGCUAUUAUGCAGAAAUACCUCAGUUCUCUCUAUCUUUAAGGGAAAAUAAAGUUAUAGAAGAACUUGAAAUCCCAGAAACUCAAGCCUUUAUUAUAUGAAGUGCUUUUCAUGUACUUUUCUGAUUGUGUGACUGAUCAUUGUGAACUCUAAUUUGUUUUCUCAAUAAAUGAAACUGACUCCUC